CCUCGGUUGGCUGUGCACUGCCUCGGCAUGGGACACUAGCCCUAAAAGACUUUGGGAGUCCCCAGGAGCGAGAAGGGGAAGAUGCUGGGCUUGGGCAGGUGAGGUCCCUAAUCCUUUCUGCGCACUGCCCGGGGCUGUCCCGCUACAGGAGCGAUGGCGCCGGGGUCACGGCGGCCGCCGGGGCUUCUUCCAAAGUUGGGGUGGGGAUGCUGAGUCACUGAUCUGUCACUACUUUGCACCUCUCCUCAGCCCUCCGGGGGCUAAAGCAAAAGCGAAAGCGAAUGCAUCUGGCGGGCGGUGGAUCCCGGAGCUGCGCUCGCCACUUUCCCGGGUCCGGGGCAUUGCACUCGCGGCUGUCCCGGGGCGUCCUGGCGGAGCACCGCGGGCAGCGCGGCCAUGGUCCGGCGGUGGUUCCUGAGCUCUGGAGUCCACGCCCUCCGUGGACUGCUGCUGCUGCUGCUGCUCCGGCUGCCGGUGACGCCGGGCACCACGUGCCCUACCCCCAUGUCUGUUGAACAUGCAGACAUCCGGGUCAAGAGUUACACCUUGAACUCCAGGGAGCGGUACGUUUGUAACUCUGGUUUCAAGCGGAAGGCGGGAACAUCCAGCCUCACGGAGUGUGUGUUGAACAAGACCACGAACACCGCCCACUGGACCACGCCCAGUCUCAAGUGCAUCAGAGACCCCUCCCUGACUCACCAAAGGCCAGUGCCACACUCCACAGUAGUGACGGCAAGGGUGACCCCACAGCCAGAGAGUCCCUCCCCUUCUGGAAAAGAUGCUUCUUCAUACAGCUCCAGAGAGACCACUGUGAUCAUCUCUACAUCUGUCACACUUUCUGUAGUGCUUGUGGUGUGUGCCCUGGUGACGUGCAUCAAAUUAAGGAGAAUUUUCCAGCCAACUGCUGUUGAAAUGGAGAAUUUGGAAGUGAUGCCAAUGACUAGGGGGAGCAGCAGCAGAGAGGAAGACCAGGGAAACUACCCACAAAACUCUGAAACUCCUGGAAACCAGCCCAGCAAAGGAUGGAGCCAAGGAGCCAGCUUUAUUGUAGCUAAAGAGAGCCUGGAAGAUUCACAAGGAUCUGGGCACCAGGAAAAAGCCCACCAAGAUCAUCAAAUGUGAUGACCCAUAUGGACUGUGUGCCUCUUGUCUUAGUGAGUAGGUUCUCCAGCACACAGGCGGACACCACUCAGGGACCCAGGGGCCUGCUUCCCAAACUCCAAGCUGCUGAAGCUCUCCUGGGAGGCCAAAGGCUCCAGGAAGCUGCUGGUUUCACUCACACUGACUCAGGACAGCUUCUCCACUGGACCAUCUAUUCUGUCCCUAUUCCGACUUGUAGUUUACAGAGGACAGGAGUCAACCUGAGGCUCUCAGUUCAUCCUAAGGCCCCUCCUGGCUUGGGAGAUAUCUGCAGGGAAGACUCCAGCAUUUGUGCUCCUAACAACCCUGUCUCCAGUGCUCUGUGUGCACUGAAGGGGAGCAGGGGAAGGCAGAACAGAUUCAGAGAAAAAUCCGAACCCAGUGACAUUUUACACACAUACGUGUUUAUAUUUAUACUUCCUUGUAUGUUAUACCUACAUAUUAUAUAUGAUUUGUAUUUUGAAAGUGUGCUUUG